AGUCAGUGGGGAAAAUGGCGUUCACUUAAGUGGGCGUAGCUAAAAGAAGCGUUCUUUCUGGCCGAGGCCGGAAGGGGCGAGCGGAAAAGAUUCCAGCCCAGACAAUUUCCGGAAUUAAGAGUGGCCUUUCAGGAGUGGCAGAGGAAGUUCCAAGUGAAUAGGGAACCCUCACAGCAUGAGCAGAGAUUCAUGGCAGCCCUCACUUUUGGCAGUAGCUGUAUACUUGUUCUUUGCUAUCAAGUUCUCACUGCAGAUGUUUGCAGAGAAGGACAUUAUGUUGCUGCCGUUUAUGAACAUCAUGUCAUCCUGAAUCCCAACCCAACAGCCAUCACGGAUCGACAGUCUGCAUUAGAGCUGAUGAAAAGAAACCUAGACGUUUAUGAAGAGCAAGUUAUGGCUGCUGUCAAACAGGGGGCACAAAUAAUUAUCUUUCCUGAAGAUGGAAUUCAUGGCUUCAACUUCACCAGGACAUCCAUUUAUCCUUACCUGGAUUUUAUACCAUACCCUCUUUCUGUGAAGUGGAAUCCAUGCAAAGAAGCAGACUUGUUCAAUGACACUGAGGUUCUCCAUCGACUCAGCUGCAUGGCACUGAAGAAUCAAGUGUUUCUAGUGGCAAACAUGGGAACUAAACAGUUCUGCACACACAGUGAUCCCUAUUGCCCACCAGAUGGAAGAUACCACUUUAACACUGAUGUAGUAUUUAGUGAGAGUGGUACACUCAUAGCUAGAUACCGAAAACAAAACCUGUAUUUUGAGUAUGCCUUCAAUAUUCCACCAGAGAUUGAUUACACAAUUUUUGAUACACCUUUUGCAGGCAAAUUUGGAAUCUUUACUUGUUUUGAUAUCCUGUUUUAUGAACCAGCUGUGAACCUUAUCAUGCAACACAAUGUAAAACAAGUUGCCUAUCCUACUGCAUGGAUGAACCAGCUGCCACUCCUGUCAGCUGUAGAAUUUCAACAAGCUUUUGCAACUGCUUUUAACAUUAAUCUUUUGGCAGCAAAUAUCCAUCAUCCUGAUUUGGGUAUGACAGGCAGUGGUAUAUAUACACCAUCAAAGUCUUUUGCUUAUUAUGAUACAGAAAGCUUUAGUGGUAAGCUUAUAGUGGCAGAGAUCCCUGUUACAUCAGAGCAUGAAACUCACUUGGUCAAUGAAAUACAGGAGAGUUUUUCAAGCAUUCGUAUGGAUACUCAGGUUUGCUAUAAGGAGAACAAGAAGGCUUGUGAUGGCAUAGCAAAGGAAGUCUCCAAGGAAGCUUACCCCUUUUAUGGCGAAAUGAUGUAUGACAAUUUUACUUUAAGGCCCCUAACAGAACCUAAAGGAGAUAUCCACAUCUGUUCCAAUACACUUUGUUGUUACUUAAGUUACCAGAGAUUAGCUUUAUCUGAUGAACUUUAUGUUUUAGGAGUGUUUGAUGAUUUACACAUAGUGCAUGGAACAUACUAUGUACAAGCAUGUGUAUUAGUGAAGUGUGGUGGAGUUAAUUAUACAACUUGUGGACAAGAAGUAACAGAGGCCAACGGACUGAUAAAUUUUCAGCUCAAAGGAAAUUUCAGUACUGUGUUUGUCUUUCCUCUGUUGUUAAGAUCUGGUGUCACUUUGGACUUUGCUGAUUAUCUGGGCUGGAAAAACAGUUACUAUGUGAUGCAAAAGAAAGGAGGAUCCUCUGGCUUAGUAACAGCAGGUUUAUAUGGACGAUGGUAUGAGAAAGACAAGUAAGAGUUUGUUACAAUGAGAAGGUAUUUGUCAAAAUGAUUAAUUUGGAUACCUAAUAAAGAGGACUAUUAUGUAA